AUGGAAUCUGAGUACAGGGAGUUACAGUCGUCCAUGCAGGAGGAGAUGAGCAUGUCAAAAGCAGAAUCCAAUGCUACCGACAAAAGUAGCAACAUUAAAACCUUCACCAAGAUCCUGGACAGCCUCCUUGAUGGCUAUGACAACAGACUGAGACCUGGUCUAGGAGACAGAGUGACAGAGGUCAAAACGGACAUCUACGUCACCAGCUUCGGUCCGGUAUCAGACACAGAUAUGGAAUACACAGUGGAUGUAUUUUUCCGCCAAAGGUGGAAGGAUGAGAGGCUGAAGUUCCACGGACCAAUGAACAUCCUGCGUCUCAACAACCUGAUGGCGAGUAAGAUCUGGACCCCUGACACGUUCUUCCACAAUGGCAAGAAGUCGGUGGCCCACAACAUGACCAUGCCCAACAAGCUGCUGAGGAUCAUGGAGGAUGGCACGCUGCUCUACACCAUGAGAUUAACAGUUCGAGCUGAGUGUCCAAUGCACCUGGAAGACUUUCCCAUGGACUCCCACUCAUGUCCCCUCAAGUUCGGCAGCUAUGCUUACACCAAGGCCGAGGUCACGUACAUCUGGACUCGGAAUGCUUCUCAGUCAGUGGAGGUAGCAGCUGACGGAUCCAGGCUCAACCAAUAUGACCUGCUUGGCCAAACGAUGGGGAAGGAAACCAUCAAAUCCAGCACUGGUGAAUACACCGUCAUGACCGCCCACUUCCAUCUGAAGAGGAAGAUUGGCUACUUUGUGAUUCAAACAUACCUGCCGUGCAUCAUGACAGUCAUCCUCUCCCAGGUCUCCUUCUGGCUCAACCGGGAAUCUGUGCCAGCUCGAACCGUCUUCGGUGUAACUACAGUGCUAACAAUGACAACCUUGAGUAUUAGUGCCCGCAAUUCCCUACCAAAGGUGGCCUAUGCUACAGCUAUGGAUUGGUUCAUCGCUGUCUGCUAUGCCUUUGUGUUCUCUGCGCUCAUUGAAUUUGCUACCGUCAACUACUUCACCAAGCGAGGCUGGGCCUGGGAUGGAAAGAGUGUGGUGAAUGAUAAGAAAAAGGAAGUGGUUGUUAUGAAGAACAAUGCGUAUGCUGUGGCUGUGGCCAACUACGCCCCCAAUAUCACAAAAGACUCAACACUGCCCACCAUCUCCAAGUCUGCAGCCGCGGAUAGCAGCAAGACCAAAGGGGAGGCCAAGCCCGAGCAAGACAAGAAAACCUUCAACAGCGUCAGCAAGAUCGACCGCAUGUCCCGCAUCACGUUCCCGGUGCUUUUCGGCAGCUUCAAUCUGGUCUACUGGGCCACCUACCUGAACAGAGAACCCGUCAUUAAAGAUCUAGAUCAUUCCACAUGA